GCAGCCGCCCCCGGCCCCCAGCCCCGACCCCGGCCCCGGGGAGGCGGCGGCGGGAGGCGGCGGGAGGCGGCGGGCCCGGCUGCGGGAGCGGUGCGGCGGCGAUGACUCAAGCCCGCCCGGCCCGCUCUGCCCCCUCCGCUCCCCCCGCCGGGGAGCGCUAUUAAAAGCUGCUGACGUAGGAGCGGACGGCCAUCUUUGAUGAGGGCACGGCUCCCGAUCCAUUGAAGAAGGAGACCCGCGGAGGUCAGCAGCCUCCCGUCCUCGCCUCCCAUCCAGCUGCGGCACCGAGCCACCGACCCCGCCGCGCCGCGCUCCGCCAGCCCAGGCUCACAGACCAGCUGAGUGCAAAUCCUGAUCCGCAGCGUCCCCACACACCCCCACAGCUAAAAUGGCGGAAGACGCGGAUAUGCGCAAUGAGUUGGAAGAAAUGCAGCGGCGUGCCGACCAGCUCGCUGAUGAAUCCCUUGAGAGCACCCGUCGAAUGCUGCAGCUUGUUGAAGAGAGUAAAGAUGCUGGUAUCAGGACUUUGGUUAUGUUGGAUGAGCAAGGAGAACAACUCGAUCGUGUUGAAGAAGGCAUGAACCAUAUCAACCAAGACAUGAAGGAGGCCGAGAAAAAUUUAAAAGAUUUAGGGAAAUGCUGUGGCCUUUUCAUAUGUCCUUGUAACAAGCUUAAAUCAAGCGAUGCUUACAAAAAGGCCUGGGGCAAUAAUCAGGAUGGUGUUGUAGCCAGCCAGCCUGCACGUGUCGUAGAUGAACGGGAGCAGAUGGCCAUCAGUGGUGGCUUUAUCCGCAGGGUAACAAACGAUGCCCGGGAAAAUGAAAUGGAUGAGAACCUGGAGCAGGUCAGCGGCAUCAUUGGCAACUUACGUCACAUGGCCUUGGACAUGGGCAACGAGAUCGACACACAGAACCGCCAGAUUGACAGGAUCAUGGAGAAGGCUGAUUCCAACAAAACCAGGAUUGAUGAAGCCAACCAGCGUGCAACAAAGAUGCUGGGCAGUGGUUAAAUGCAGAGAAGUGCAUUUCCUUUUAAUGCUGUCCAGCAGGGCAGCACCUUCAUGCUUUUAUCAUGGUAUUUAUCUACUAGGUUUGCACACAUGCACAUAUCGGCCCCAUUGUAAAUGUUGUCCUGUGUAGUUUGUCAGCUUCCCAAAAAUGAUACUUGUAAUUAUUUUUUUCUAGAUAUCUUUCUUUCCAAAGGUUGUACAUAGUGCUGAUUUGAUGGCUAUAGCUCACUAUUGAUGUUUUUUGGGGUUUUUCCUUUCCUUUCCUUGUUUCUGUUUUGGAUUCCUUUCCUUUUAUUUCCUUCUCAUUUUUUUUUAAUGAUGUUUGCUGAAUGACAACACUGUUGGAAUGCUAAACGUGCUGUUAACCUUUAAAUAUACAGUAUUGUUCUUGUAAAACUGUGACAUUCCACAGAGCUACUGCCAUGCUCCUGUCUUUGGGUAUCAUGAUGUUUAAGCACUUAAACCUGCUGUCUUCAGUUCUUCAUUGCCAUUAUCUGUUGUUAUGAUUUCAUGAUUAGACAAUGUGGAAUUAUAUUACUAUAACAAGCAUUGCACUAAAAAGUGAUGUGAUUUAUGCAGUUAUGCAUGAGGAAUAAAUAGACUUUUAGACUCCUACUUAAACAAGAAUUUUCCCAUGGCAGUAGCACACCAACAAUGACAACAAAAGCAUGCUCAGUAUUCGGAACUCUUUUGGGACUAUGUUAUACCAGCAAGUUUGCAGUUGUGCCACUUUUUUCUUGUUGAUAUAUAUAUAGUUAUUAAUCAUGAACAUUUUUUUUAAUUAUGAAAAAAAGAGGGAUUUGGCACUCACCAUUUAGCCAUUGCCAGCAAAAUAAAAGCUUGGCUGAAAAUAUGUCAAAGACAAAAAGAAAUAAGUGUAAUAUAUUGGGUUUGUCUGCUGCUUUUGAAGACUAUCUUUUGGAGGAAACAACUACCAUAUGAAAUGGUGCAAAGAAAUGUAAUUUUUAUAAGGCUCUCUCUUACUAGUCGCUAUCCCCAUGUGGUUUGUUAUUGGUACAGUUCUCUGUUGCUUACCUAGAGCUAUGCACACCAAAUCGCUGAGAUGUUUAGUAGCUGACAAUUAAAAAUAACUAAAAAACCUAAAUGAAUGAACUCUAGAUAAACUGUGAGAUAAAUAUCAUUUACAGCAUGUAAUAUGAAAAUUCCUUAUGUCUCCUGUCAGUUUGUGAAGUGAUUGACAUUUUGUAGCUAGUUUAAAGAUUAUUAAAAAUUAUAGAUCUCAGAA